GCGCUUUGUGCCGGGCUCUAUAAAGCGGUGUCUGCCGCGCAGGGCACUGCACUCUCAGCUGCCCGGUGGGACAUGCCCCAGCACCGCUCGGCUGCCUGAAGACCCUGGAAGGAUGGAGGUGCCCAGCGCCAAGCUCCAACGAGCUGCCUGCCUCUUGCUCCUGCUCCUGCUCUGCUCCGCGGCCGCUGCCCGGCAGAGUCUGCCCGAGUGCUGCCGGCAGAAGACCUGCUCCUGCCGCAUCUACGACCUCCUGUACGGCAUGGGCAACCACGCCGCCGGCAUCCUCACGCUGGGCAAGAGGAAGAGCGUCCCACCAGCCUUCCAGAGCCGGCUCUACCGUCUACUGCACAGCUCCGGCAACCACGCCGCAGGCAUCCUCACCAUGGGCAAGCGCGGGGAGCGCCCCGGCACCAUCUGCCACGGCGCAUCGGGCUGCCCCGUGGACACGGACGCCCAACCGACGCCAGCGCUGCGGGGCAGUGACACCAGCCCUGCCAGCCCCAGGGAGUGCCAGGGACACUCAGGGAAGGACGCGACCAAGAGUCAGGGAGCUGCAAAGAGCUUUUACUGAGAGGGGUGAGGGGCAGUGGGAGCAGAGAGGGGACCCCCAGGGCCACACGCCCAGAGCUUGGUGUAAAUAGCACUUUUACAUACCUCCUGGCCCCAGCCGAGCCUGCUCAGGGCACUGCUGGCCUUUUACAAUAAAAGGUAGCCUGACGUUA